AUGCUUAACUGGUGGCUAGGACGGCCUGAUGGUGCCGAGCGUGUUGCAGGUGCCGAUCCCGAUGCAGAAGCUCCAGAGACUCCUGCCCCGGUGUUUGCUGCUCGCGCACUCAAAAGUGCCUUCUUUGGUACACCUGGCCUCCCUCUAGAUGAUACGCUUUACGGAAUUGAGAAUGAGGACGAUCCAACAACUAGCAGAGAUACCCGAUUGCCACAUUAUCUCUCGGCCUCUCCAUCAAAGCCGCCAGGAAUUUUGAUGACACCUGGGACUGCGGCAACUCGAAGAAAGACGGUGUCGUUCGGAUCAGAUGUCGAUGACAAUGAGGGAAAGGACAGGCCGCAGAAAAUUGUUGGCAGGGCAGCAACACCAGGAAAAGUCCUUGCCUCACGGUCCUCUCAGGCGGAAGAAUUAUCGCAGCCAAGCAGAAAGACUUCGCUUCUGAAAACAUUAGAAAAUUCUCGUGGGUCAGACAGCGCAUUCAGAAGGCGCAAUCAAUUUUCUGCGGCCUCUUCGAUAUUACCAAAUUCGACUUUGACCAAGGAAAAAGAUGUAGUGAAAUCAAAUGAUACGAAAGAAGCCAAAAAAUCACGGUCGAAUGGUUUAGAAUUGGCGAAAGAACCCGUACCCGGAGCCGACAGCGAUGCAGACGUGACAGUUGAUAUCAAUGACCCCCGAUCACAGUCCGGGAAAUUCUGGAAAUCCGAAUUCCAAAAGUACCACGAUGAGGCGCAGACUCAAAUGAAGAAGCUGGUAGAGUACAAGCAGCUCGCAAAGUCUUAUGCCAAGAAGAAAGAUGCAGAAGCUCUCGAUCUUGCAGAAAAGUUGAAGGAAGAGCAAGCAAAAGUCGCUACAAUGGAGAAUAACAUUACUGAGCUGAUGUCGCAAAUUGCAGCAGAAGGGAAAGUAAGGGGGGAUACUUCUCCGGAGCUCAUGAGAGAACUUGCUCGCCAGACUGCUUUGGCCUUUCAAUAUCGUGUUCAGGUAGAAGAAUUUCGCAAAGCCAUGGAAGGGGAUGGAAGUCUUGCCGCAGCAGUUCCAAAAACUGAAUCGAGGAACUCGAAGAACGAACCUAGAGACACAAUAUCUCUCCAGAAUGAAUUAGAUCAAGCCUUACAAGCUCUAGCAACCGCCGAUAGAACUGUUUCCAAGCUGCAAGGUGAAAACAAUAAGCUUUCACAGGAUUUGCUUCAUUCUGAAUUGCGAUUCGAGAAGCACACCGAAAGUUGGGAGAAGCGUCUGAAGCUUGCUGAAGAACAACGUCAAAAAAAAGAUGAGCGGCUUCAAACCCUUCAAAAAGACUACGAUCACAUCAAGCAAACAGCAAAGAAUUCAAGACGUGAUGCAGAGCACCUUCUAAGAAAGCGACAUGACCAAGUAGUGGAAUUGAAGAAGGAGAAUGCAUCAUUGAAGAGUGAGCAAUCAACCACAAAGGAUUUGCAACAAGCUCUUCACAGUAAGUCCGUUGAAUAUGAUACGAUGGUCGAUAGAUAUGAGAAGGAGAUGGCCAAAUUGAGAGAAGCUGUGCGUGGGUCUACCUAUGACGACGUGACAGAGUCAGGCUUUGAUUUAUUUCGAACAAGGAGCCAUCCAACCGAGAAAUCGUAUGCUUUUACAAGUAACAUACCGGUGUUGAGUCAAUCUAUUACACGCCCGUCGAAGACAAUGGCCUCAUCUAAGCCUGCAAAUUUCGAAGCACCUCUUGAAAGCACACAAAGAUCAUCACACGCAGCCUUGUCUGAGAUUACCAAUGUUGCAACUACGGAACAAUUUGCUUUCCAAAAAUCGAAGAAAGUUGACUACACUCCUCUCGCCAACCGUUUUGCCGAUUUCACUCUCGAUUCAUUAAACACUAACAUGCAAACUGAAGACCCAUCCUUGCCUCUCCUCCCUACACGAAAAAGUCAUGAGAGGUGCCUAGCCAGUCCCCGACCCAAGAUAUUUAACAUUCCCUCGAGUCCUCCUAAAGCAACAGUCUCUCGAUCUCGCCCUGUUGACCCGUUGAGAUCGAAUAACGAAUGUACGGUACCCCACUCGACCACUAUUGCUUCGAGCCGAAGAUCCAGCCCAUCAAAGUGUGCUUUGCCUCCUGACAGAGUUGCAGCUGCCAAAGCAAGGUUAGCACAAAAAAAUGCCGAGAAAAAAAGAGCUCAAGCAUUAGGGACAGAUAGCAUUAGAUAA